AUGGCUGCCAACUUUUUCAAGCUCCUCGUCGCUUCGCCAGAGGUCAACCCUCGUAACAGGAAAGCCAAGUCUAUCCCUGUGCUGAACCCAUUCGAUCAAUAUGGACGCGUUUUCUUCUUCUCAUGGCUCGGGUUCAUGGUUGCGUUCCUAUCGUGGUAUGCAUUUCCGCCACUGUUGACUGUCACAAUCAAGAAAGACCUGCAUAUGACGCAGCAAGAUAUCGCCAAUUCGAACAUCGUUGCGCUGCUAGCAACGCUGCUCGUCCGAUUCAUCGCCGGACCUCUCUGCGAUCGCUUCGGGCCACGUCUGGUCUUCGUUGGUCUGCUUCUAUGUGGCGCUAUACCCACCGCUAUGGCUGGGCUUGUUACCAACCCCAAGGGUCUCAUUGCUUUGAGAUUCUUCGUCGGCAUCCUAGGUGGUACCUUCGUUCCAUGCCAGGUGUGGUGCACUGGAUUUUUUGACAAGGAAAUUGUCGGAACCGCCAAUUCUCUGGCAGGAGGUUGGGGCAAUUCUGGCGGAGGAAUAACUUAUUUCGUCAUGCCUGCCAUCUAUGACUCCCUCGUCGCAUCCCAAGGCCUCACUUCGCACAAAGCAUGGCGUGUUGCCUAUAUCGUCCCCUUCAUCAUCAUCACUGCCGUGGCAUUGGGUAUGCUCUUCUUGUGCGAAGACACCCCCACAGGGAAAUGGUCCGAACGCCACCUCCGGACCAAAGAAAGCGUUUCUCCCAUGCCGUCCUCUGAUGGCAACAUCAUCGACAUCCACAGCGGCAGCGCCUCGAGCGGCCCUUCAGGUCCACCCUCAGUCUACAACGUUACAGCUGUUGACGUUGAAAAGAAAGGCGUACAGACUCCCCCAAUAAUCGACAGAGAUGCGACCACAGUGGGACAAAUGGGUGUUUUCAAGAUCGACACAGUCGUCGCACCCACCCGCAAAGAAGCCAUGCAUGUCGCAUUUAGCCUCUCAACCAUGGCAGUUGCAAUCCCAUAUGCCUGCUCAUUCGGCUCCGAACUCGCUAUAAACUCCAUCCUGGGCACAUACUACGCCGCCCAAUUUACGAGAAUGGGCCAGACAAAGUCCGGCCAGUGGGCUGCCAUGUUUGGCCUACUAAAUAUAGUCUGUCGACCAGCGGGUGGAUUUCUCGCGGACGUUUUCUAUCGCUCCACAAGUACUGUCUGGUCCAAGAAGCUCCUCAUGACAUUCUUGGGUCUUGUUAUGGGUGCUUUCCAGCUGGCGAUCGGGUUGUCUGAUCCAAGUAGCGAGUCUACUAUGUUUGGUCUGAUGGCCGGGCUGGCAUUCUUCUUGGAGGCGUGCAAUGGAGCGAACUUUGCUGUUGUUCCUCAUGUACAUCCUUAUGCCAAUGGUAUUGUGUCGGGUCUUGUAGGUGGAUUCGGCAACCUUGGAGGAAUUAUCUUUGCCAUUAUUUUCAGAUAUAAUGGGUCUCAGUAUGGGCGGUCGAUGUGGAUCAUUGGUGUCAUUUCCAUGGCGGCGAAUUUGGCAGUUGGUUGGAUUCGUCCUGUCUCGAAGAACCCGGUCGUUCAAUCAUGA